CAUCGAACCUACAAUCUUCACUGAGCCUUUUCCGCACUGGAUUGUUUUCCCCGCCUGAAAUUAUCUUUAUCAGAUUCUUCGUUCUUUCACGCAUCCAGCGAAGACAAUUGGAGAAAAGCGCGAUCCUCGUGACUCGUGAACUCGUUACGUUACACUCCAAUCGGGUUUAAAUACCCUGCGACGCGCAAACGCUAGUCACCAUCGCCGGAAAAUGACAUCCGACGGAGCUACUUCGGCUGCUGCGGCGGCGGCGAGUAGGAGAAAGCCGUCGUGGAGGGAGAGAGAGAAUAACCGUAGGAGAGAACGAAGGCGAAGAGCGAUCGCGGCGAAAAUAUACUCUGGACUUCGAGCUCAGGGGAACUAUAACUUGCCAAAGCACUGUGAUAACAACGAAGUUCUCAAAGCGCUUUGUGCAGAAGCUGGUUGGUGCGUCGAAGAAGACGGAACCACAUAUCGCAAGGGUUCCAAACCACCUCUGGCCAAUGGUGCAGGGAGCUCCAUGAGAAACAUUCUCUUUUCUUCUUCACAAAAUCCAAGUCCGUUUUCUUCGUCGCAUCCCAGCCCAAUUCCUUCAUACCAAGCGAGUCCUUCUUCCUCCUCUUUCCCAAGCCCGUUUCGGUUAGAUGUGGACAAGGACAAUGUAUCAAACCUCAUUCCAUACAUUCGCAAUGCCUCUCUGUCUCUUCCUCCUCUGAGGAUAUCAAACAGUGCCCCUGUGACGCCGCCUCUGUCAUCACCUACGUCAAGAAAUCCAAAACCAAUUCCCACAUGGGAGUCCAUUGCCAAAGAAUCUAUGACCUCCUUCAACUACCCUCUCUUUGCAGCUUCUGCUCCUGCUAGCCCCACGCACCGUCACCUUUACACCCCGGCCACUAUUCCAGAGUGUGACGAGUCUGAUACUUCCACCUGUGAAUCCAGCCAGUGGGUGAAAUUUCAAGCAUUUGCUCCUUCUGCAUCUGUGUUGCCAACUUCUCCAACCUUCAAUCUUGUUAAACCUGUGGUUCCUCCCGGUGUGCCUGAUAACUCAAUCCAAGAGAUGAGGACGAGUUCAGAAGAGAUUGGAGUACAGGUAAUGCCUUGGGUUGGUGAAAGAAUUCAUGAAGUGGCAUUAGAUGAUUUGGAACUCACUCUUGGAAGCGGGAAGGUGCGGAGUUAGGCUGCUAGCAGAAUUAUCUCAUCUGGGUUACGUGAAAAUGAGAUCACAGGAGUUUUUUGCUGGUUGGUUGUUGCUCAAGCUGGUGUUACAGAUGGAGUUAAUAGCUACCUCAUCCAGUGUCGUUGGUGCAAGAAGUUUAUCGGGAAGAGACUGGAGUUAUUAUUGGGAACUGGAUUUAUCUGAUGCUGUGGACAUUUUAUGGAGAAAAUGAUCUCCUUCCCUCCAUGGCUUCGGUAAAAUGUAGAAAUGAGAAUUUCACCUCCUUCCUUCGUGGUUAAAUCAGCUAUUGUUCAAAAAGGCUCAUCAGGCCUAUGUGCUAAGUGUUAGGUGCUGUGGGUGAUUUGAAAUUGAAAUUUCAGGUUUUGUCAAGUUUAUUGUCUGUCAAAAGCUCACAAGACCUGCUUAUUUGUAAUGUUACAUUUAAAUUUUGUUGUUCUUCUUUAUGUUCUUGUUCUUUGUAUCAAAUAGUUUGUUUGUAUGUUAUCUUUAUUUUUGCCGACAGGUUUUGUAGUUAGUGCAAAGUCAACGGUUGGCUCUAUCGUCCUUCUACCUCAUUGACCCCUUUGAUAAGUUCAUGAGCUCAAAGCGGCAUGAACUAUGGUAUUCAAUAUGGGAUUGUCACUCUACUGAUGAAGUCAUGUGGAACUUUGGGGUGUUGUUCCCUGGUUAGUGGAUUGUAUAAUGUGAUGAGUUGUGCAGGGGAUGUCUUUGGAAAGAAAGGCAAAGUUCCAUUAAGGUGCCUUAGGGUUUGCUGUAUUACUCUCCUUCUGAUUUUGCAAUUCAGAAUGUUCCUAAUGUA